CAUUACUUCUGUCUGUCAUUGUCUUGUCAACGAGUCGUGGCCGCGGGUGAUCUGCCAAAGUACCAAUUACAUUUCCAAAAAAAUCGCCCGUAACUACCUAAAACAAUGGGUUCCAAAUUGCAAGAGUACAAAGACACCUUAGAGCGCAGCUUAGUCGACAAAAGCAAACCGUGGACCAAAUAUUUCGACAAGGCUGAGCAGAGGACCGGCGUGAACAGAGUUUACCUAUUCGUUGGUUUGGUCGCGUUCACCGGUUUAUAUUUAGUGUUCGGUUUUGGAGCUGAGCUGAUAUGCAACACGAUUGGGUUCGUGUACCCAGCCUACAUGUCAAUGAAGGCGUUGGAGUCCCCUCAGAAGGAUGACGACACGAAAUGGUUGACGUACUGGGUGGUGUACGCGUGUUUCUCGGUCGUGGAGUACUUCUCAGACUUCAUUGUCGGCUGGUUCCCGCUCUACUGGUUAAUAAAGUGCAUCUUCGUCAUAUGGUGCUACCUGCCCACCGAGUACAACGGCUCCCUGGUGAUCUACUACCGCAUCAUCCGCCCGUACUACUUGAAGCACCAUGACCGCAUCGACAAUAUGGCCAACUCUGACGACACAUUGAAGGCCGUUGUAAAGGAAAUCAAGGAUGACAUCAAGCGGGAUGUCAUUGACAUUAAGAAAAAUGUCAGCAAAUUUCUGAAGGACCUUUAAAUGACCCCACCCGCUUGGUAGCAGAUGCGGUUAGGAAGAACAACUAAGUAGUACGUCGUGACAUUUGGGGGCGAAAGUACAAAAUGGUUUUCAGCACCCGCUUUAGCUUUUAGCACAACACAGGCCUAAAAUUUUACAUUUGACGACCAUUUAUAUGACAUUUUACACCCAAAGGAGCCUGUAUUCUCCGAUGUUUGAUGCAAACUUGCCUUCAGUUUUGUCAAGUCAAUUAAUAAUUAGAAAAUUGACGCUUGUUGAUAUAAAACUUUCAAUUAGUUAUUUAUCAAUUUUUAGAAAGUUUCAUUGACUUUGAAUAAUCGAAAACAUUUGCCUGAUUUAUGGAAAUGCAAUUUUGAAAGUACCUACCCGUAUUUAUAACGAAAACCAUGUAUUAUUUUUAAUUAUUAAGUUGUUUUGUAUAAUCGUGACACAAUUUUACAUAUUUCUUUUUUAGUUCUAAAAUUUUAGUUGAAUCUUCUCUUUUUGGCUGGUAAGAUCUUUUAGGGAUUAGAAAUUAAGUAAAUGCUUCGGUUAGUUUUUUUAUUUCCCUAUUGUAAGAUCUCUUAGUGAAGCAAUGAAUUUCUAUGUUUAAUUUCCUUAAAGAUUUGCUCAAGGAGUGUUGUCACAGUAAUGUUGUUUUAAGUUUUUUCCUAAGAUUGCAUAAUUGUUAGUUUUUUAAACACGUGUUACCCUAAAAAUCCCCAAUGAUGCCAGAACUUUCAUAGUUUUAUUACCAUUUUUAUACUGUUGAAAGCCAAAGAGCUUUCGCAUGGCCCUAAUGAGGAAUUUUGCCACAUUUUGCUUGUAUUUUAAACAAAGUUACCGAUGUUACGUGCCUUUGAUGUUUUGGCUGUCCGCGUAAAUAUUUGUACUCAUUGAAGGAAUUUUUUCACAUAAUAAAAGGAAUUCAUUGUAUAA